AUGGCCCAAUUCAACCAAUACAACCCCGAGAUCAAAAAUGACUGCUCCGGUCUCUUGGUGAACCACUACGUCUGUGUAUCCAUUAUCGGAGUUGAUCCCAACCCAACAACCACGGCCACGACAGCAGCAAUUGGAAUCGUAACUCCCACUCCCACACGUGCAGGAAUGGUGGGCAACUGCGAUACCUUCUACAAGGUCAAAUCUGGAGAUGACUGUGGCGAGAUUGCCACAAGCUGUGGGAUCAGCACUGAGCAACUAUCGAAAUGGAAUACGGACAUAGGAUCCACCUGCAGCGGGCUUUGGCCCGAUUACUACAUUUGCGUCGGUGCCGUGAACGUGGAUGCCAAGCCGACAACAACUACCAAAGACAAUGAGAUGGCUACGCCAACGCCGACCCAGAGCGGCAUGGUUGGGACUUGUAACACGUUCUAUCGAGUUGGGAGUGACGACACUUGUGAGAGAAUCGCCAAGGCCCCGGGUAUCACGCUGGCCAAUUUCUAUGAUUGGAACAAAGGGGUGGGAAGUGACUGUGGAUCCUUGUGGCUCUUAUAUUAUGUGUGUAUUGGAGUGAGGUGA